UUUACCCGUCGAAGCCCGUGCGCGCCGCGCCCGCGUUCGUGCGAUUUUAAAAAGUUACGAUUCUAUAUUCAAAUUUCGGUCGUGCGUUUGGAACUUGAGAUGUUUUUUUGAUUGCUGCUGUAGUUUUGCUGCCAGUUUGAUUCUUUUGGUCUAAUUUCAUCAGAAUCAGCUGAAAUAUUGUCCUGAGAGAGCAUUCAUAAAACGGUCCUCGAGUGUAUGGGCGGACGAGAUGCGCGCGACACUGUGUGUGCUGCUUGCUGCCACCUGCGUAUUGGCUGAUGAAAGCAGGGGCUCCAAGCGUCCUUACAUCGCCGACGCGGUUGGAAAUACUUUGCCUCCGCCUUCUAAUGGCCCAGCGACCGUCGGCAGCCCUGUCAACCUUCUAACCCCAGACCGCUAUGAGUUCUACACUUUCGACGAAUCCGGAGAACUGGUUAAACGACUCAUGACUUUACAAGAAAUCCAAGCCAUUGUUGCAGCUGGCGAAGAAGCGGAAGGACUGGUUACAUUCGCUAAUGACAAUCAACCGACGAUUGCAUUCAACUUCAGUCAACCGCCUUACACUAAAGUCCAUAGCGUUGUCACUAACGUGCAAAAUGUACUCAAAGCUCAAAUGGAAGCUCAUAAAAACAAACCACAGAUGAACCCCACUUUAGACACUCCUGAUGUAUCUGAUUCCUGGAGUCUAAUUUUACCAUCCAUCUUUGGAAAUACUGGUGUUGAUAUCGUGCCAGAUAAGACUUCUUCGUCUUUUACUACCCCGGAAACAGAAACAAUUGAGUUUGACCGUAUUAAUUUCGAUGAUAAUCUUAGCAAGGAAGGAAGCAACCCGAUCGGAAGUUCCACUACAGUGCAACAUGUGAAACCAUCAAUAACUGAAAAAGUUUCGUCAACUACUGAAUUAUUAAAAGAAGCUCCAACAACUGCUAAAACAACUACAACUACCACCACCACGACGCCUAAGCCUACUACUACUACAACUACUACAACUUCGAAACCUAGUACUACUACUUCUACAACUCCUAAACCUACUACUACAACGACAACAACCAAAAAGCUCACUACUACCACUCCUAAGCCUACAACUACUUCUACUACUGUCAAAAAACCUACUACUACCACCACCACCACUACUGUAAAACCACGUACAACGCCUACUACUAGACGUACUACUACCACCACUACUCCUAAACCACGAACAACUGUCUCAACCACAAAAUUGACUACAACUUCAAAACCAACCCCUAAAGUUACUGCAAAGCCAACCACAUCUAAACCUAUUUCUACCACUCGACGACAAAUUCCUACUACGACUCUGAAAAGCACAGAAAGCCCUUCAACAAAGAUUCAAACUAGUUCUCGUCCAACUUCUACUACGCAAAAAACUAGCCCUGUAUAUGAGAAGAUCAGCACGUUCGUUCCUAUUUCUACAGCAGCUUAUGUAACGGAAAGAUCAACGCGAAAACCUACAGAGACGACUAAAUUUGUGAGCACUUUGGAAAGUACUACCAAACGGCCAAUGUCAACAACAACAAAGCUUCAACAAUCAACCACUUUAGCGGCAAAACCGCAACCUACUAUUACAACUUACAAACCAACAACUACAAGCACACCAGCCCCAGUUUCUUCUACUGUUAAAAGCGGCGAACUUGAAAAAGAUGAUGCAAGUACCAUAACCACUCAAUCUGUUUCGCCUUCAACUGCCAUCUCAUCUACAGAAUUUAUGUCUGUUGAAAAUCAGCCACCGAAAACGAUCAAUAACAAUAACGCAGUACAAGAAGAAAAUGAUAUCAAAGUAAAUGAACCCAUUAUUCCUUUGUUUGAUGUUGCACAAAGUAUUAGUCAGAUUGCAUCAGACUUGGGAAGUGCAAACUAUCAACCUAUUCCUACAACAAGUGGUUUAUUGGAUACUACUCACGCUAUGAAUAUGGAUUUAGAAAGCAAAGAAAGUUUAGAAUUGGACAUACCAUCAGAGUCUAAAAAUGAGUCUCAAAAUAAAACUGGUGAUAUUCAAAACGAAACUGAUAACUUUGUCAAAAUAUCGACGAGUAACCCCCACCAACAAAACGAUAAUCUGCCACAAGCAGUUAAAGAAACCACAAAUACAGUUAGUAGCUCAGUAGCUAAGACUACUGUUGUACCAAAAGCAACUACUACAACAACAACGGAAACACCUAUGGAUCCUAUUCUGUCAGAGUCAAUGGAUGACUUGCUAUCUCAAGUUGUGAAUCAGGCUCCUCAAUCUAUUGUUAAUAACGAAAAUAAGCUUCAGGAAUCCAAUGAAAUUUCGACAACUCAACGUUCUGUAGAAACAACAACAGUUGUUAUUACUACCAAAACUGAUACUGUUGCUCAAGAUUCUAAGAAAAACGACGUGUCAUCAACCACAGAACCAACUGUGAUUGAAACAACUUUAAAAAAAAAUCUAAUAAAUAAUACAACAAAGGACCAUGUCAAUGAAAAAGAAAAUGCUAAAGGAGAGCCUAACACACAAAAAGAAAACAACAUUAAAACUAACAGUGCUUCCACAACGCAAAAAGAUUUAACAAAAAUAUCUUCCUCUAAUGCCAUCAAAGAGCCAUCCAAACCUGUAAAUCCCCAGGGAUCUCAGACUCUUAGUGCAGAUAAAGAAAAUAAUAUGAUUGCAGUAAUAAAUGGACCUGCAUUAUCUACAAAGGAACAUAUUACGAUAUCAAGUACUGAAAUUGUACCCCCGCAAGAGGUUUCACAGGAAACUAGCACAGAAAAACAAAAGACAGAAAAUGAUAAAGUUAAAGAUGAUCACAAAAAUCACAAAGAUGAUACCAUUUCACUCCCAAAGGUAGAUGAAUUCAAAAAGAAAAUUCAAAAAGUCAACAUCGACUACAAAGAAAUAGCUAAUGAAAGGAAUAACUCUUGGAAGCUUAUUUCAACAGUUGCACCCCCCAAAGCCAACGAGAUACCGAAAGAUAAGUUUAAAACGGAGCCCAAUAGCCCAGAUAGCCCUGAUAAAGAUAUAGUUUUGGAUGUUUCUAAGGAAAAUCAAGGAUUGGAGGUGACUACGAAAGAUUUAAGUGAAGAUAUCGCUCAGUUUACUGAACUUUGCAAUGAGCUUGCUUUCCGGUAUUGGAAUGCUAUUGAAGAAACUAUUCCAAAUAAGAGGAGUUUUGUUUUAUCUCCAUAUUCCAUCACGUCAAUGUUAGCUAUGAUGUUCAUGGGAGCCAGGGGUGCAACCUCGGGUGAAAUGAAUGAAAUACUGAAACUUGAUGACAUGGUUACUUUUAAUCCACAUUUUACCCUAAAAAAUAUUUCAGACUCUAUAGAAACGACGCCUGAAUCUGGAGUUGCUAUCUCCGCAUUUAUCAGAGAACUUUACAGCGACCGUAACAAAGGUCAAAUUCUAACGUUUUAUAAGGAAAGAGCUCAGCAUUUCUACAACGGUCAUGUUGAAGAAAUCAACUUUAAGUUGAUAAGCGAUAUUAUAAGAAGAAGGACAAAUCUGUUGGUGAAGAGGUACACUUGGGGCAAAAUAAUUGAGUACAUGAAAGCUAACACAAUCACCAUGCAACCUCCACUUGCUGCAUUUUCAACUAAUAUUUUCGAGACUGACUGCACUGGCUCAUCGGUAGAAGGCAGAGACGGGGAAAUGUACUUCGUGGUUUCACCCAACGUGCGCCAACGACGCCUCGUCCCAGUGCCGGCCGUCCUCUACAAGAAAGGCUUCCUCGCCGGCUACGACCCAGUCCUCGACGCCACCGCUGCAGCCCUCGGCAACACCAACUCCAUCAUCAGCACACUCUUCCUCAUGCCAGGCCAGCAAGGCAAUGUUGUUCAUGCUGCAGACCUAGAACUACUUGAAAAACGAUUGCUAGACUCCAACCCAAGCACGCCAGCGUGGAAUCGCCUUCUCAGAACGUUAUUACCACGAAUCGGUUUAGAACUGCAGAUCCCGCGCUUCUCUCACAAGUCAAUCUUUAACGUAUCCUCAACUCUUAAAAAGAUGGGAUUGAAAGACUUAUUUGACGCCGACCAUGCUGAUUUAGGAGGUCUAAAUGGCCCGUCGAAAGAUCUUUACUUGUCGGAUAUGGUGCAAGCGACGACGUUUGUAACAUGUGGCGAAGGGAUUAUUGGUGAGCAACAUCAUAUUGAAGAGUAUCCUGAGAGCAUGGAAUUGGCGAGAAGGCGUAGGACGUCUCGUUGGGCGACGGGUUGGGAUGAGCCGAGGGACUACCAGAGAGCAUUCCACGAUCCACAUGACGUAGGAGAUGCCAUGAAUCUUCCUCUGCAUUUACGGCCAAGACAAGCUCGUCUGCCAGCAAGGAACGCUCAACCAGCGAGAUUAAAGUUUGACCGGCCGUUCCUUUACUUCGUAAGACACAAUCCCUCCGGCAUGAUACUCUACGUCGGCCGGUACAAUCCAAGGCUUUUGCCUUGAAGUCGUCAAAAAGACUGUUAGCUUAGUUUAAACAUUAAUUCCUCCAAGGAAAGUGAUAUGGGGAUGCUGAAGAGGGAAUAUGAAAGCUAUGAGCAUUUACGUGACAGUAUUACUUAUAAGUGCGUUGGUAUGCAAGUGGCUUGCCAAUUAGUACAUGCAUCUUGUACGGCUCUGUGUACCUUUCUCCUGAUUUCGUAAUUGUGUAUAAAAUAGUGGUAAUUGAUAUCAAGUUAAAUGUCUGAAUGUUGGUAUUGCAACUGUUUAGUGAAUAGUUUGUCGAGAUGUCUUGUCAAAAUUUUAGGUUUGAUUUUAGAAUAAAUAAGAAUGUUUUAAUU